AUGGCGUUGGAGGACGCGCCACUACACUUUCAAGAUUCCAAGUCGACUCCGAUGCGGUGGCACGUCUUCAACCGCCGGGCACGGACAAACCGGGUUAAGACAAUCGGCUUGUCAGUGCUUGUAUUGUUCUGCUUCUUUCUUGUGCUCAAAUCUUCUUCAACGCGAGUCGAGCCGGACUUUUGGGCCAAGUUUCCCUCUCGCCAUCCUUUCCUUCAGCACCCGGAGGACGCUCAGGUCUUCCUACCCCCACGAACCGAUAUCAAUGCCAAUGAUACCCUCCCCCACAAUCUGGACAAGCCCAACCCGCGCCUACAUGUCCUAGUCCCAGCCUCACAGGGCUCGCGCGGAGUUUGCCGAACGCUCACUUCGGCCAUGAUCCUUGGAUACCCACCGCCGACAUUAAUCGGCUACGGGCAUGACUCUCCCGGAGCGACCGAGGCCGAGCACAUGGUGGACCGGAUCACAAGGGCGCGCAACUAUCUCCGAGACAGUAAAAUUGUGCAUGACCGCGACUUUGUGGUUAUGGUGGAUGGUGCAGAUAGCUUCUUCCAAUUGCCACCGAAGAUCCUAGUGGAGCGCUUCCAGGCUAUGAUAAGGGCGAAUAACCGAAAGCUGCGGGACAAGUUUGGGUUCGCAGAAGUGGAGGGCCAAAAGGCCGGGGCUCCGUCUGAGAAGGUACAGAAAUACACCCAGCGCGUUCUCUUCGGUGCAAGCAAGAUGUGCUUUUCCGGGUUGCGGGACGACCCCGGUUGUGUAUCUGUCCCGGAAUCAACUCUACCUCCGGAUGUAUAUGGCUGGAAAACUGAUGUCUACCCGGAUGGAUCUCUGAACCGACCCCGGUGGUUAAACCCGGGAGCGGUUAUUGGCCAGGCUGCGGAUCUGCGUCUGAUCUACGAUGAAGUUUUGCGGCUAGUUGAGUUGCGCUCGAACAAGUCUGGAGAUUACCAGGCCCUGACACAGAUGUACGGACGGCAAGAAGUGAUCAGAGAACUCGAGCGGCGACGAACAGCCAACGACCUCAAAGAGUUGCUCUACCGGAUGGUGGGUAUCUCAGAUGCAACAAACAUCACCGGAAUCACCCUCCGGCUGGAGACAGGUCACCGCUACGAGUACGGCAUUGGUGUCGACUUCGAGUCCCAACUCUUCUUCAACCAGAUCAAGUCCAGCAAGGAUGUCGAGUGGGUCAAGUUCAGCAACGUUACGAAGAUGUCCGCGUUGCAGAUGCAACACGGCGUCCCGCGCGAACACCGUCUCCUCCUCCCACAGGACAUUGCAGCACUCCCCAACCCAUUUAUUCAGUCCCGCUUCGCAAAAGAAUCAACCCAGAGACCAGUAUGGAAUGCCACAUUGGACAAACUCCCGAACCCGCGCGAGCGCACCUGGCACAACAUUUCGUUAAUGACGAAUGUCCACUCCGCCUCGGUGCCAGUAAUCGCCCAUCUCAAUGGUGACCUCAAGCUCCGUAACACCUGGUGGGAGAAUAUGUGGUUUUUCCCAUGGGGACGCGCCCUAUUGCGGAAAUAUGUCCGCGACUCGCACGGGUUCGAUGCCGCGCAGUCGUCACUGCUGGGCGGGCAGGACUGGUUGGAAGUGCGUGGAGGUCGAGGUGGGAUCUGGACCGAUGACCACAACUGGAUCACCUUCGCUGAGGUCUGCAAUGGGCAAGAAAGAGAUCUCUUUGACGAUGACCUGGGGCCAUGGGCUAAGGAAGUUGAUGAUCCAGACGAUCCGGUUUACAACCAGUAUGGAAGUCUCAUUUCUGGGAAGGAAGAGAAAGAUAAAUUUGAGAAAUUCGAGCAAUUUUUCUAA